CAGCAACCGCAGGUUUCCGAGCCCUGAGCUAACAAAAUAUCCUGCCAUUGCUGGAAGGCAUAAAACAAUUGUUUCGCAAUUGAAUCUCUUGAUUCGGUUGUAAAUGCAUCACAAGCUGUGAGCACAGAAUGAAGAAGGCAAGCAGGUCCGCUCCUGCAGCAUCCAAACUCCAGGGUACUUGUAAAAUGCAGACCAUUGAGAAAAUUAAAUCUGAUAAUUGCUCUUCAGUUACCACAGUUACAAAGGCUUCGAAAGCAGGUUCAACAGCAGCGUUAACUAAGAGCAAGAGCAGGAGCAAUGAUGAUUUGUUGGCUGGAGCACCGAGUGGACUGACUUUGACCAACUCUACCAAAGUUAAGAAGAAUCUCUGCCCAUCUUCAUCAAUAGUGUCAAAUUCUGCAGCACCAGGAUCAAUCACAAACAGCAAUCCUGAUGGCAAAGCAAAGAAUCCUGCAGGUAUGAGUGCCACAGCAAAACGGAAUCCAACUUCAGGAAAUAAAGAAAUCAAUUGGAACAGAGAUAAAAUCCGUGAGCGACCACGACAGAGCACAAGCAAAAAAUUCUCAUCUGCUGGCCAGGGAGGUAAUGAUGUUGCUAAACGCUCACGAAGCCGGAUGUCAACAGAGUCUGAAACCCGAAUGAGUAAGUCCAGAUCUGACGGUCAGAUCAGUGAUAAAACUGCUCUAGAAGCAAAGGUAAAAGAUCUCCUUACCUUAGCAAAAAAUAAGGAUGUGGAGAUCUUGCAUCUUAGAAAUGAACUCCGAGACAUGAGGGCCCAGCUGGGACUGAGCAAUGACUUGUUGGAAGGAGUGGGAGAGGAGGAGCUUGAAGUAAAAGAAGAUACUGUACCCCACCAGCCUAGAGAUGUAGAAUCAAGUCUUCUCCAAUUGGAAGAACAGAAUAGUACAAUUCGGGAUGAGCUAAAUCAGCUAAAAAAUGAGAACCGAAUGUUAAAAGAUCGAUUAAAUGCUCUUGGUUUCUCUUUGGAGCAAAAGUUAGACUGUGCAGAGAAAUUGUUUGGCUUUCAGUCCUCAAGUCCUGAGGUAGCUACUGGUAAUCAGAGUGAUGGUGGUACCUUAACUUCUUCAGUGGAGGGAUCGGCACCUGGUUCUAUGGAGGAUCUUCUGAGCCAAGAGGAGAACACAUUAACCGAUAAUCGCAGCAAUUCUCUGGACAACCUGGACAGUGAGUCCAGUGAGGUCUACCAACCACUUACUUCCAGCGAUGAUGCAUUAGAUGCACCAUCAUCGUCAUCUGAAUCUGAGGGUGCACCAAGUAGGGAGCGCUCAAGGAAAGGGAGCAGUGGCAAUGUAAGUGAGGUGUCAGUGGCAUGUUUAACAGAGCGCAUUCACCAGAUGGAAGAAAAUCAACACAGUACAGCAGAGGAACUCCAAGCUACACUUCAGGAACUGGCAGAUCUUCAGCAGAUAACACAGGAGUUGAAUUCUGAAAAUGAAAGGUUAGGAGAGGAAAAGGUCAUUCUAAUGGAUUCCUUGUGUCAGCAAAGUGAUAAAUUAGAACACUUCAGUCGACAGAAUGAGUAUUUUCGUUCUUUGCUGGAUGAGCACCAUAUUUCUUACGUUUUAGACGAAGAUGUAAAAAGUGGUCGCUACAUGGAGCUAGAACAAAGAUAUAUGGACCUUGCUGAAAAUGCACGUUUUGAACGUGAGCAACUUCUUGGAGUGCAGCAGCACUUAAGCAACACGCUGAAGAUGGCAGAGCAAGACAAUAAGGAUGCUCAAGAAUUGAUUGGUGCUCUCAAGGAACGUAACCAUCAAAUGGAGCGAGUAAUGGAGUCAGAGCAAAAAGCCAAAACAGCCCUUGCUGGGGCAUUGGAAGAAUAUAAAGCAACUGUUGCAAAUGAUCAGAUUGAACUGAACAGGUUCAAGGCUCUGUUAGAGCAUGAGAAACAGAAGGUUGCAGACUUGUAUGCUUUCCACAAUGCAGGCGACAAGUCAGAUUUGCAAGAACUGUUAGAGACCACACGAUUGGACAAGGAAAAAAUUGAGGCCUUGUAUAAUAACCUACAGGAGGAACUGGCUCAUACUCGCAAUGAUGCUAACCAACUACAAGAUACUCUUGCUAAGGUUGAAGAUGAAUACAGGAUUUUUCAGGAAGAAGCCAAAAAACAGAUAGAUGACCUUAACCUGAAUGUGGAGAAGCAACGAGCUGAACUCGAAGAAAAAGAAACAGAGAUAAAUGACAUGAAAGAGACCAUUUUUGAACUAGAGGAUGAAGUGGAGCAGCAUCGAACAGUCAAACUCCAUGACAAUCUCAUCAUCUCAGACUUGGAAAAUUCUGUCAAAAAACUUCAAGACCAGAAACACGAUAUGGACAGAGAAACCAAGAUCCUAAACAGGAGGCUCAGGGAGGAGUCGGCUGAAUGGCGGCAGUUUCAGGCAGACCUCCAGACUGCAGUUGUCAUUGCAAAUGAUAUUAAGUCUGAAGCACAAGAGGAAAUCAGCGACUUGAGACGCAGACUUCAGGAGUCAAUGGAAAAAACUGAAAAGCUCACCAAAGAACUGGAGGAAGUGAAGGCACGCAAGUACGUGGGAUGUUGUGAUGUGACUUGGCAGGAUGAAGAGCGGGGGCGUAUGUACAACUACAUGAAUGCUGUAGAACGUGAUCUGGCAGCUUUAAGACAAGGUAUGGGUCUGAGUCGCAGAUCAUCUACCUCCUCUGAACCAUCACCAACUGUCAAAACUCUGAUUAAAUCCUUCGACAGUGCUUCCCAAGUUGUACCUAAUACUACUACUACGACCACAGCUACCAUUCCACGAAGCCCCCUCAGCCCAAGCCCUCUGAAAACACCACCAGCAGCUGCUGUGUCACCAAUGCAGAGACAUUCCAUCAGUGGGCCAAUAUCAGCACCAAAGACACUCUCAACUCUAACAGACAAGAGACCAAGCUACACUGAAAUUUCUGUUCCAGCAGAUCACUUACUGAGAUCUUCCUCUGCAAACCGAUCUCCAGCGUCUUUACAACGAGUUCAGACCAUUGACUCUGCAAAGUCCAUGUCAGUGUCCCGAAGAAGCAGUGAGGAGAUAAAGCGUGAUCUGACAGUCACAGAUGGCUCCUCUCCAGCAUCGUUGAUGGGAAUGGGAACUACAUCUCCACAGCUGUCUUUGACCUCUUCAUCUCCUACAGCCUCGGUCACUCCAACUGCACGGAGCCGGCUCAGGGAAGAGAGGAAAGAUCCGUUGUCAGCGCUGGCUCGUGAGUACGGUGGCUCCAAGAGGAAUGCGCUGCUGAAAUGGUGUCAGAAAAAGACAGAAGGUUAUCAGAAUAUUGACAUCACAAACUUCAGCAGUAGUUGGAACGAUGGUCUUGCAUUCUGUGCUGUGCUUCAUACAUAUCUUCCAGCACACAUCCCAUACCAGGAACUGAACAGUCAAGAUAAGCGAAGAAAUUUCUCACUUGCCUUCCAGGCGGCUGAAAGCGUUGGCAUCAAGUCGACACUGGAUAUCAAUGAGAUGGUGAGCACAGAGCGACCAGACUGGCAGAGCCUGAUGCAGUAUGUCACGUCUAUAUACAAGUACUUUGAAACUUGACAUCUUCCUCCACCCAAUCUGGAAUGCGUUUGCAGAGUAACUGCUGAUUUUGGGAGGACAUUUCCAAUGCUAUACUUCAUGUUCCAACUCUGUGCUGAAACACUGUUCCUCACUCGAGCAACUCAUGGCCCCAGAAUAGCAUCACUUUGCAAAAGAACACCCUCCUGUUUGAAUAAUCCAUCCAUCCAGUAAAGACGUGUGCACCUGAAUGAUCUACAUGCUGUUUGAGCUCCACUUGUAACUGCUCCUCCUGUGUUUCUGCAAUGCUAAACUGCUCAGUGACCCAUCUUUCAACUGUGGGAAAGUGAAGUAUCAGUCCAAACUGAUCUUUGAAACUCAGUGCCGUGCUUUGAGAGGAAAUAGCCUUUUUGUGAAAGUAUAAUACCAUUAUUACAGCACUCACACUGGUACAGUACACCCACUAGCUAUAUGGGAGGAUCUAUAUUGUCAGUGUUUAGAAAUCGCCAUUAUAAAAUUUUCACAAAAUGACGGCUGUGAGAUUUUCAAAAUAAGCCACAUGAAACAGGGCUGUAAGACUAGGUAAGUAAUACUUGUCACACUAAUAUUUAACGGGGUGAGAUUAACUCCCUGGGAUAGUCCAUUCGCUGUCUGUCCGAUCAAUGCUCUUCUGUUUACAGAAAGGUUGUCUGAUGGGUCAAGUGAUACAUCAGGAGUUGGAGAACAUUUCUUUCCCAGGGAACUUGUGAUCGAUCCAACCAAACUGAUAUCAUAAAGGCUUCUGUGUCAAAACUAAGUGUCCUUAUAAUUGCCCCUGUUUAGAAUAUUUACCAGUUACAGACAUUAGUCAGUUUUUCUUUCUAUUCAUUGAGUUUUCAGUUUUUUUAAAGAUAGUAUUAUUUUCAUGAUCUGCCUCUAGCCUUUGGAAAUCUCUUGGAGUACACAAUAAAUCUAAGAUCCAGUUAAGUAUGAACAUUGAUAAAAGACCAAUGUGCUUCUGUUUGUGCUGUACCUGUUAACAGCGUUUCCCUAACAAUGCCAUUAGCUUCUGUACUCUAAAGUAGUUCUUCACUGUUAUCCGUCGCUAUGGUGUGUAAAGAGAUCAUAUUGCAUCUUUACGCCACUUUGAUUUUUAAAUUGUUCCGCUGUUAAAAUUAAUUCUCUUCAACCUGUCAAAAUUAAUUCCUGUUGAGCACAAUUCAAAAGCACAAUCUACCUGUGACUCAUUCACAUGAUGCCUGCUGUGGGGAGAGGGAACAGCAUUCCUUCUGCAAGAAAAGGCUUGGAUCAGAUAUGAGUCAGUGUAAAGAAAGAUUUGCACUGUGUGUAAUCUGUGUUGGGAAUGUUUGAUGAGAUGCAAUAACUGGGUAGGUCUCUAUUGUCUUCCUGUACCAUGUCCUACAAAAGGUAGGAGUUAACCAAGGGUCAGAGGAUAUAAUGCACAGGGGAGUUUGAGUAUAGCUUUGUUUAUCACAAUUGUGUUAAUUCUAGUGAUGCUAAUGUAGUGUGAAUGCUGAAAACAUAUUGCAAGUCCAUCAAUAUUUAAAAGAAUUGCUUCUGUUACUCAUCUUUCAUGCUGAUGAAGGUAGUUCAAAGAAAAUAACCCCUUUCAUUUUAGGUAUUACUGAGUUUUUCAGCAUUUCCUCAUUCAUUCUUUGGACAUGAAUUAUUCUGUAAAUAAACUAUCAGUUGGCAUUGCAUAAAUGCUGUAAUCUUGAUCAACCAUUACCAGAUUUCUGCUCAUAACUGAAGUUGUCCAUCACACAUUCAUUGUUGUCACUUUAUCUCAAUAGCGAAUGUUAGUUUAGUGCCCUUAAAACCAUCAUGUUCAGUCACUCUUUAGUGAUUUUUAUCUUUUCAGCACUUGCUGUGAACAGGAUAUUAGAAAAUUUACAGAACAGAAGGAAGUCUUCCACCUCAUCAAGUCUACAAUGAAAGUUCCCUAGCCCUGCAGUAUUUUUCCUUCAGUGCUUAUUCAAUUCUCCUUUGAACGUUAAGAUUGAGUCUGCCUCCAUGGUUUAGGUAGUGUGUUCUGGGUCCUAACCACUGACUAUACAAAAUCAAAAAUUCUUUUCCCAUGUUCCCAUUAGUUUUUUUUUCCCAUGUAGCUUAAUUCCUCCCUUGGGCAAAUGGUAAGAAUUUCUCCCAAUCAGCUUUGUCCAGACCCUCAUGAUUUUGAACACCUCUAUCAAAUUUUCCUGAAACCAUUUCCAUUCCAAGGAGAAGUCCUAGCUUCUCCAACCUAAUCUUUUAGCUAGAUCCCUUAUCCCUGGAACCAUUUAAUUAAUUCAUAUUUUACAAAUUUAAAUAAUAAAUUAGUCGUAAAGCAUGGUUAGAAGUACUGAGCAGACCAAUUUGUUUUAAACUUGUCAUUGCUAUUGGCUCUCACUGCUGCCUGAUCUCACCCGUCACAGAGACUGCCCCUUACAUUAACCAGCUGGCUUCGAAUUGCAAUGUGACUUCUCUCAGAUGAGCUUGGUGGUUGUUGCAUUUUAACACACACACACUCAGCAGUAAAACGGUAAAUGUUACUGGCUCUUAUAGUUUGUAUGGAGAAGUUCAUUGUGUGGUUGAUCUUUGACAUACUGUGUAUUGGUCAGAUUUCCAUAUUACAUGAAAUUACCUUCCCCAUUGCACGGUGCCUGCACUAACGCCUUAUACAUUUCAUUAGUUUGGUGAUGCCUGUGAUGUGGUGUAAAAUCCACAGUCACAACUGUGUGUCAAUCCUUUAUUAUGUGUAUGUUUUCUAUUCCAUGUAGCUGCUCUCGAUUGAAAUCAUUAGCCUGUCAUUUCUGAUUGACACAGGUUCUAUUUUAUCAAAUGUGUAACAAAGGCAUUCUGUUCAUUUAUUCAUAGCUUUGGAUGCUAUUUGUAUUAUUUGCAUGGUAUCAGUAGUGUGUUCCUAAUAGGCACACCAUGUUUAGUAUAAAAUCAUGUAUUUUUUUCUAUUAAUAUUUAUGUUAAUGUCAUCAGUGGAAUAUGGCAGUAUCCAGUAUCAAUACACCAUAACAGGCUGUUUUCUGGGCUCCUUGGCUGCACAAAUCCUAAUUAUCUCUGGCAAGCAUCAAAUUAGGAGACCAGAGUACUGCACUGUUCGUGUGUGGCAUGAUAUGUGCAAAAGUUCAUUCAGUAAAUAAAAUAUUGUUUAGUUUUU